AUACUUGCAUGACUAAUCAUCGUUCUUGUGAUCUGAUGUCAAGUCAUUCUCAGCGCUGUGUGGUGCUGCGGUUUUUGAAGUCCCCACCAAACCAGAAUAAGACUCCAGAGGAAAUACUACACCAUCUGCAAAACAUCGUAGACUUUGGAAAACAUGUCAUGAAGCAGUUCUUUGGGGAGAACUAUGUUCACCAUGGGGAAAUUGUUCAACUGCCUUUGGACUUCGUAAGACAGCUCUGUUUAAAAAUUCAGCCAGAGAGGCCAGAGUCUCGCUGUGAUAAAGAUAUGGACACUCUUAGUGGUUAUGCAAUGUGCCUUCCUAAUCUUACCAGGCUGCAGACCUAUCGUUUUGUGGAACACCGGCCAAUCCUCUGCAUAGAGAUUAAGCCAAAGUGUGGCUUCAUUCCUUUUUCCAGCCAUGUUUCACAGGAGAUAAAGCACAAGGUGUGCCGUUACUGUAUGCAUCAGCAUCUAAAGGUAGCAAACGGAAAAUGGAAGCGACCAAGUAAAUAUUGCCCAUUGGAUCUCUUCUCAGGAAAUAAACAGAGAAUGCACUUUGCUCUGAAGAGCUUAUUACAGGAGGCACAGAACAACUUGAAAAUAUUUAAGAAUGGGGAGCUAAUUUAUGGCUGUAAGGAUGAUCAGGACUGUGUGUCUGACUGGAACGAACUUGCUUGUCACUUAAAACCUUUCUUUUUUCCUUCCAAUGGGUUGGUCAGUGGGCCACACUGUACAAGGACAAUUGUUAAAGAACUAAUCCAUGUUAUAACUAUGACGCUACUAAGUAGUACUGAUGCCUGCAGGGCAGGUGAUAUGAAGACAGUUCCUGUUUCACAAGGAAGAAGCUACUGUGAAGCAAGUGCUUUCAAUAAGGAGCUAGUAAGAAAUGGUAAACAUAAAUUGGAAAGCUCUGGUUUACCGAGGGGUUGUCUCCUUUAUAAAACCCUUCAGGCUCAGAUGCUUGACACGCUGGAUAUUGAAGGACUCUAUCCUUUGUACAGUAGAGUUGAGCAGUACUUAGAGGAGUUUCCUGAAGAGAGAAGUACGUUACAGAUAGAUGGACCUUACAAUGAAGCAUUUUAUGAGAAGCUGCUAGAUCUUUCAACUGAAGAUGAUGGGACAGUAGCAUUUGCGUUAACAAAGGUGCAGCAGUACAGAAUAGCAAUGACUGCUAAAGAUUGCUCCAUCAUGAUUGCCCUUUCACCCUGUCUACAAGAUGAAUGCUCUGAGCAAAGACCUGUGGUACUAACAUCCAAAUCAAGAUUCACCUUUUCUGUUUCUGUCCUGGACCUUGAUUUAAAACCAUAUGAAAGCAUUCCUCACCAGUACAAACUUGAUGGCAAGAUAGUAAACUAUUAUUUGAAGAAUGUACAGGCCAAAGAUGACCCAGUUAUGUCCAAUAUCUUCAAGGAGAAUGAAGACUGCACAUUAGUUCUCCAUAAAGUGUAACUGUUUCCCUAAGGUUAUUUUUAUUCAAACACAUUAGAAAGUGAAAGAUUAAUGGAAUACAAUUAUGGUGAUUUUUUUUCUUUUCUAUUGUGUUCAGUGCAUUUUUCAGCUGUGAAUGUUUUUGCUUUAAGAAAUGAUUUCUAAUUGGUAUGCCUUUUCAAAGACAUGGAAUAGCACUAAACCACGCAUUUGCUAUAUAACCUUAAUGAAUGUAUUUAAUAGGACAGAACAGAUAAUGUGCCAUACCUUGGAACUAGAGGACAGAUCAAAUUAAUACUAAAAGUCUACUUCCUUAGAAUGGAAAGAGCACAGAACUAAAGGUUUCCUGAAGUAUUGCACUAACAUAGAAAACCUAAUUACUAACAAGAGAAAUGCCUUGGAGCUAGUGCUUUGAGUCUCACUCAUGCCUACUAGGAAGAGGGAAUGCUCUGACAAAACCCAAUCUAAAACUUUAGCAUUAAGUAAGUAAGUCCACUGAAAAUACAACUGAAGUGGCUACUCAAGUGUUACUGAUCUAUGGAACUACCAUGUUACUGCAGAACACUUUUCAGUACUAAUGCAUGAGAUUAAGAACACCACACUGCCUCCAGAAGGUUUGUGAUCACCUUGUAUCUACCUAAAGCUUCUGAAACUAAGUGAAGAGAGUUAAAGGUAAGCGUCUUUGAGUUUUAUGUGAUAGCUGGGCUUAACUCAUCUGACAUACUGGUCUUUUAUUUUCUAUACAUUAUAUGCUGCUAUUGAAGGUGAAACCACAGCUCACUCUUACCUAACUUAAACCGAGCUAUAAGAAUAAUAUAUUCUGAGUUUUACAGAUUAUUUCAGGUCUUUUGGAUUGUGUCAAAUGUUGGCAUUAUUUCACUGAUACCGCACACGCGUGAGCAGCUGCUUUCAGGCUCGUUCUUUUUAAGUGACACAGAAGAAAGGUGACAGUAUCUGAUUUUCUGUGCUGAAGCUGCAGGGGCUCACUUUCUCAUGAUGAGUACUGGAGCUAAGCUUGUGUCGCUCUUGAGCAAUUUAAUGAUGGUUUUACUUUGUAAACAUU